AUGGUUUUGUUCUCUUCUUUUUUCUUCUCAGUGUCUUCCUCUCUUUCUUCCUCUUGUAAAUUACGGCGAGAGUUUCAUCUCAAUGGGUUGCACAGGGCCGGGGAUGUUAUUCUGGGUGGGUUGUUUGAGGUCCAUUACACCUCCGUCUUCAGUGAAUGGACAUUUACUUCAGAACCACGUCAACCCACCUGCACAGGCUUUGACACUCAAGGAUUCAGACAGGCCAUGACGAUGGUUUUUGCUGUUGAUGAGAUCAACAGAAACUCCAACCUGCUACCAAAUAUAACUCUGGGAUACAGUCUGUAUGACAACUGUGGUGCACUUGUUAUCGGAUUUCGUGCUGCUUUGGUGCUGGCCAGUGGUCAAGAGGAGCAGUUUCUGCUUCAGGAGAACUGUUUAGGGACCCCUCCAGUUGUGGGGAUUGUGGGUGAUUCCUACUCAACAUUUUCUAUUGCCACCUCCAAUGUGUUAGGUUUAUUCAGAUUGCCUAUGGUGAGUCAUUUUGCCACAUGUUCCUGCCUGAGUGAUCGGCAACGGUUUCCAUCCUUCUUUAGAACAAUUCCAAGUGAUGCUUUUCAGGUGCGUGCUAUGAUUCAGAUUCUAAAACGCUUUGGCUGGACUUGGGUAGGUCUGCUGAUCAGUGAUGACGAUUAUGGAGUACAUGUUGCCCGAUCCUUCCAGUCUGACUUGACUAACUCAGGUGGAGGUUGUCUCGCCUACACAGAGAUUUUGCCUUGGAGCAAUGACCCAGCUGAACUUAGGAGAAUUGUGGAUGUGAUGAAGAAAUCAACAGCUCGUGUGGUCAUGGUGUUUGCACAUGAAAUCCACAUUUAUCAACUAGUGGAGGAGGUGGUGAGGCAGAAUGUGACAGGCCUGCAGUGGCUGGCCAGUGAAGCCUGGACAUCAGUUGAUGUGCUCCAGACGCCCGACUUCAUGCCGUACCUGGCUGGAACACUGGGCAUUGCCAUCCGUCGGGGAGAAAUAGCAGGAUACAAGGACUUCCUCUUAAGAAUACACCCCGACCAACACCACAACAACUAUGGAAAUAGUAUUGUGAGAUUUUGGGAAGAUAUAUUUCAGUGUAGAUUUUCUCCACCUCCAGUAGAUUGGGUGGAAGCUGGAGGAGCAUUAUGCACUGGACAGGAAGAUCUACAUAAAGUGGAUAGUGAGCUGUUUGAUGUUUCUAAUCUCAGACCGGAGUACAAUAUUUACAAGGCUGUGUAUGCUCUGGCGUACGCCCUUGAUGACAUGCUGCACUGUGAGCCAGGGAGAGGGCCUUUCAGUGGCCACAGCUGUACGAGUUUACAAAGACUGGAGCUAUGGCAGCUGGUGUAUUAUUUGGAUAGAGUAAACUUCACCACACCAUUUGGGGAUCAAGUGUCAUUUGAUGCAAAUGGCGAUGCCUUGCCAAUAUAUGAUGUCAUGAACUGGCUGUGGCUCCCAGAUGGCACACCAAAGAUUCAGAAUGUGGGUGAAGUUAAAGAGUCGCCCCAAGGUGAAGAACUCACAGUUCAUGAGGACAGAAUUUUCUGGAACUUUGAAUCUAAACAGCCACCCAGGUCAAUCUGCAGUGAGAGCUGCCCACCAGGUACUCGGAUGGCCAGAAAGAAGGGGCAACCUGUGUGCUGUUUUGACUGCAUCCAAUGUUCUGAGGGAAAGAUCAGCAAUGAAACAGACUCCAUGGAGUGCACAAGUUGUCCAGAGGAUUUCUGGUCCAACCCCCAACAUGACCAAUGUGUUCCCAAGAAAACAGAGUUCCUCUCCUACCAUGAGCCUCUGGGAAUCUGCUUGACAGCCACCUCAUUGCUGGGCACAUUUAUCUGUGCUGUUGUUCUGGGCAUCUUCAUCUAUCAUCGCAGCACACCCAUGGUGCGUGCCAACAAUUCAGAACUCAGUUUCCUUCUUUUGGUGUCACUUAAACUAUGUUUCCUGUGUUCACUGCUGUUUAUCGGUCGUCCCAGACUGUGGACAUGUCAGCUGAGACAUGCAGCAUUCGGCAUUAGCUUUGUUCUUUGUGUUUCAUGCAUCCUGGUUAAAACCAUGGUGGUUCUGGCUGUGUUCAAGGCCUCUAAGCCAGGAGGUGGAGCCAGUCUGAAGUGGUUUGGUGCUGUGCAGCAGAGAGGGACAGUUCUGGUUCUUACUUCUGUUCAAGCAGCAAUCUGUACUGCCUGGCUUGUCUCUGCCUCACCAGUGCCUAAUAAAAACACUCAAUACCACAAUGACAAGAUAGUUUAUGAAUGUGUAGUUGGGUCCACAAUUGGUUUUGCAGUGUUACUGGGCUACAUUGGCUUACUGGCUGUCCUCAGCUUCCUGUUAGCUUUUCUAGCAAGAAAUCUUCCAGACAACUUCAAUGAGGCCAAAUUCAUCACUUUCAGCAUGCUGAUCUUCUGUGCUGUGUGGGUGGCCUUUAUCCCUGCUUAUGUCAAUUCCCCUGGCAAAUAUGCAGAUGCAGUGGAGGUAUUUGCCAUCCUGGCCUCCAGUUUUGGCCUCUUGGUGGCGCUGUUUGGACCCAAAUGUUACAUAAUUUUGUUGAGACCAGAGAGGAACACAAAGAAAGCUAUCAUGGGCCGAGCCACCCCAAGAACAUUAUUUAGGGGAAAACGGAAGCAGCGCUCUCUUUCUCUCACUCUCUCUCCUACCUGUCAUUGGCCGGCGAAGUGCUGCGUGGUGCAGACAACAGCACGAAGGACGCCAAACAAUUUGUUUUGCGUUCCCAGUCAUCUGAUCAAUCUGCUCGUUACACAUAAAUUGCAAACCCGAAGUGGAGGGUGUGAUUUAUUGGUCGUCGUGAUUCUAAGCAGGUUGCAGCACUGGGCACUAAAAGGAGUUAAAGGACUCAUUCCUGCAACACUCUAUAGUUGUGUCCCAAAUCAAGACUGGUUGCAUCACUGUAGCUCGACUAAGCUGUUCCAUUACGAAGGCUCCCUCAAAUGCGGACAAGAAAUGCAGCCUUCCCUAUCCUGGGCCAUGAAGACUCCAACAGGUGGAUCCUUCCCUGCCCAUACUAUCCCAAGAUUUGUUGCGCGAUGGAGACAAUUUUAUCUGAAUGGGAUGCACAAGCCUGGCGAUGUGAUUCUGGGUGGGUUGUUUGAAGUGCACUACACCUCUGUCUUCCCUGAGCUGACAUUCACCUCUGAGCCAAAUCAGCUCAGCUGCCGAGGCUUUGACCCUCCAGGGUUCAGACAUGCCAUGACCAUGGCCUUUGCUAUUGAUGAGAUCAACAAAAACUCCAACCUGCUACCUAAUGUGACUCUGGGAUACAGUCUCUAUGAUAACUGUGCCACACUUGUAAUUGGAUUCAGUGCUGCAUUGUCAUUGGCCAGUGGUCGAGAGGAGCAGUUUCUGUUUCAGGAGACCUGUUUGGGGACCCCUCCAGUCCUGGGGAUCGUGGGUGAUUCCUUCUCAACGUUUUCUAUUGCCACCUCUGAUGUGAUAGGUUUAUUCAGAUUGCCCAUUGUGAGUUAUUUUGCCACGUGUUCCUGCCUGAGUGAUCGCCAAAGGUUUCCAUCCUUCUUUAGAACAAUACCAAGUGAUGCUUUUCAGGUGCGUGCUAUGAUUCAGAUUUUAAAACGCUUUGGCUGGACUUGGGCAGGUCUGCUGGUCAGCGAUGAUGAUUAUGGACUCCACGUUUCUCGAUCCUUUCAAUCUGACUUGGCUCAGUCUGGUGGAGGUUGUCUGGCCUACACAGAGAUUUUGCCUUGGGGUGACAACCCAGCUGAACUUAGGAGGAUUGUGAAUGUGAUGAAGAAGUCCACAGCUCGUGUGGUCAUUGUGUUUGCACAUCAGAUACAUAUGAUCCAACUGAUGGAAGAGGUGGUGAGGCAGAAUGUGACAGGCCUGCAGUGGAUGGCCAGUGAAGCCUGGACAGCAGCUGCUGUGCUCCAGACCCCCCACCUCAUGCCGUACCUGGGUGGGACACUGGGAAUUGCCAUCCGUCGAGGAGAAAUACCAGGACUCAGGGAUUUUCUGUCAGGAAUACGUCCUGACUUCCAUGACAACAAUAACAAUGGAAAUAGCUUAGUGAUGCAGUUUUGGGAAUACACAUUUCAGUGUAGAUUUGCUCCAGCUCCAGCAGGCUGGAUAGAAGCUGGAGGAGCAUUAUGUACUGGAAAUGAAGACUUAGAGAAUGUGGAGACUGAGUUUUUGGAUGUUUCUAAUCUCAGACCAGAGUACAAUAUUUACAAGGCUGUGUAUGCUCUGGCGUAUGCCCUUGAUGACAUGCUGCUGUGUGAGGCAGGGAGAGGGCCUUUCAGCGGCCACAGCUGUGCCACUUUGAAAACACUGGAGCCAUGGCAGCUUAUGUAUUACUUGGAAAAGGUCAACUUCACCACACCAUUUGGUGAUGAAGUGUCAUUUGAUGGGAACGGCGAUGCCUUACCGAUAUAUGAUAUCAUGAACUGGCUGUGGCUCCCUGACGGACGAACAAAGGUUCAGAAUGUGGGGGUCGUUAAGAAGUCUCCCUUCAAAGGUGAAGAACUCACACUUCAUGAAGACAAAAUCUUCUGGAACUUUGACUCUAAACAGCCCCCCCGGUCAGCAUGCAGUGAGAGCUGUCCUCCUGGCACCCGAAUGGCCAGAAAGAAGGGGGAGCCUGUUUGCUGUUUUGACUGUGUCCCUUGUUCUGAGGGAAAGAUCAGCAAUGAAACAGACUCCAUGGAGUGCAUCAGUUGUCCAGAGGAUUUCUGGUCCAGCCCCCAGCAUGACCACUGUGUUCCCAAGAAAACAGAGUUCCUCUCCUACCAUGAGCCUCUGGGUAUCUGCUUGACAGUCACCUCAUUGCUGGGCACAUUUAUCUGUGCUGUUGUCCUGGGCAUCUUCAUCUAUCAUCGCAGCACACCCAUGGUGCGUGCCAACAAUUCAGAACUCAGUUUCCUUCUUUUGGUGUCACUUAAACUAUGUUUCCUGUGUUCACUGCUGUUUAUUGGUCGUCCCAGACUGUGGACAUGUCAGCUGAGACAUGCAGCAUUUGGCAUCAGCUUUGUGCUUUGUGUCUCAUGCAUCCUGGUGAAAACCAUGGUGGUUCUGGCUGUGUUCAAGGCCUCUAAGCCAGGAGGUGGAGCCAGUCUGAAGUGGUUUGGUGCUGUGCAGCAGAGAGGGACAGUUCUGGUUCUUACUUCUGUUCAAGCAGCAAUCUGCAUUGCCUGGCUUGUCUCUUCCUCACCAGCACCUCAUAAAAACACCCAAUACCACAAUGACAAGAUAGUUUAUGAAUGUGUCAUCGGGUCCACAAUUGGUUUUGCAGUGUUACUUGGUUAUAUUGGUUUACUGGCUAUCCUCAGCUUCCUGUUAGCUUUUCUGGCAAGGAAUCUUCCAGACAACUUCAAUGAGGCCAAACUCAUCACUUUCAGCAUGCUGAUCUUCUGUGCUGUGUGGGUGGCCUUUGUCCCUGCUUAUGUCAACUCCCCAGGCAAAUAUGCAGAUGCAGUGGAGGUAUUUGCCAUCCUGGCCUCCAGUUUUGGCCUCUUGGUGGCGCUGUUUGGACCCAAAUGUUACAUAAUCCUCCUGAGACCAGAGAGAAACACAAAGAAAGCUAUUAUGGGUAGAGGAACCAGUAAAACAUAAAAAAGUAAAUAUCAAUUAGUUCCAUUCAGCCUUUAUUUUAAAAUAUAUUCAUCUGCUAAUGAAAUGACACAAUAAGUAACUCCCCUGACAUAAUUACAAAAUGACUUAUGAGAGAUAAAUAAACUUUUAAAAGCUGAGUUUUCUAGUGUUUGUGUCAUUUCAUUGCCUGUUCUGCCUGAUUUCAUUAAUGGGAGUUUUUCAAAUACAUAAGGACACUGUAAGACACUAAAGCUGUUAAUAAAUCAAGUCAAUAAAUAAAUUAAAACACAAUCUUUAUGUUCAUUUUUUCAUUAAUUUAUUUGGUUACUUUGAGUACACAUUUGUAGAUCUUCAGCUUAAUUGAGAAAGAGUUGUACUGUUUGACAUUUGAACAUUUUUCUUUUAUUUAGAUUGAAUUUCAGUGCCCCCAAAAUUGAAGUCACAGCCCAUUCACAAAAAGACUUGGUAAACAGGGCAACCUUGGUGAAUACCAUUGUUAAUAACUAUUCUUGCAAGAAGUUGAAGAGCAGUAUGUCAGGAUCAUUUUGAAAUAUAUCUUUGUAAUAAAACAACUCAAUAACA